CCAUCAUUCACUUUCCUCCUCACCACCAUCACCCUUUCCAACCACCUCCAUUCAUAUUCAUAUUCACAUUUUCCCAUUCCUCUCAAACACAACAGAGCAAAACCAACAAUGGCGCCGCUGCUGAAGCUAGCGGUUGUGUUCGCGUGUUUCGCCAUCGCCGCCGCCGAGAGUCCCUACAGAUUCUACACAUGGAAUGUCACUUACGGUACCAUUUAUCCUCUCGGCGUUCCCCAACAGGGGAUUUUGAUAAACGGACAAUUCCCAGGGCCUGAUAUCUACUCAGUCACCAAUGAUAAUAUCAUUGUCAAUGUAUUCAACAGCUUAGAUGAGCCCUUCCUCAUCCACUGGAGUGGGGUCCAAAAUAGGAGAAAUUCAUACGAAGAUGGAGUGUAUGGGACAACAUGCCCAAUUCCUCCAGGUCAGAACUUCACAUACAUUCUUCAAAUGAAGGAUCAAAUUGGGAGCUUCUUCUACUUCCCAUCCUUGGCUUUCCACAAGGCUGCUGGUGGUUUUGGAGGCAUUAAGAUCUUAAGCAGGCCCUUAAUCCCUGUCCCCUUCGAUCCUCCUGCCGAUGAUUACACCGUCUUGAUUGGAGAUUGGUACAAGUCUAACCACACUGCAUUGAAGGCAAUUCUUGACAAGGGCCAUAAGUUGCCGUUUCCUGAUGGAAUUCUCAUCAACGGCCGUGGCCCCAAUGUUACAUCUUUCACCGUGCAACAAGGAAAGAUUUACCGGCUCAGGAUAUGCAACGUCGGAUUACAGAACUCACUCAAUUUCCGCAUCCAAGGACACAAGAUGAAGGUUGUUGAAGUGGAAGGAACACACACGUUGCAAGUCAGCUACUCGUCCCUUGAUAUUCAUCUUGGACAAUGCAUGUCAGUUCUUGUAACGGCAGAUCAGCAACCUCAGGACUACUACAUUGUAGUCUCGUCCCGUUUCACCUCUACGGUUCUCACCACCACCGGUUUUCUCCGUUACGCCAACUCAAAUCGCCCUGCUUCUGGUCCACUACCCGGUGGCCCAACCACUCAGAUUGAUUGGUCCCUAAACCAGGCUCGUUCCAUCAGGACUAACCUUACAGCAAGUGGACCAAGACCUAAUCCUCAGGGUUCAUACCACUACGGCAUGAUAAACACCUCAAGAACUAUUAGGCUUGCAAGCUCUGCAGGCCAGGUGAACCGCAAACAGAGAUAUGCAAUCAACAGUGUGUCUUUUGUUCCGGCUGACACGCCUAUAAAACUUGCCGACUUUUUCCAAAUAAGUGGAGUUUACCAUGUUGGGAGCAUCCCUGAUGCUCCUAAUGGUCGAGGAGUAUACCUCGAUACAUCAGUGAUGCAGACCGACUACAGAACAUUCAUCGAAAUUGUUUUCGAAAACUAUGAAGAUAUUGUGCAGAGCUAUCACCUCAACGGCUACUCCUUCUGGGUAGUAGGAAUGGAUGGAGGGCAAUGGACUUCAGCUAGUAGGAACCAGUACAAUCUUCGUGAUGCAGUCUCCCGUUGCACGGUCCAGGUGUAUCCCAAGUCAUGGACAGCCAUUUACAUCGCACUCGACAACGUGGGAAUGUGGCAAUUGAGAUCAGAGUUCUGGGCCCGACAAUACCUCGGACAACAAUUCUAUCUCAGAGUUUACACGACAUCAACCUCAUUAAGAGACGAGUACCCAAUCCCCAAGAAUGCACUUCUCUGCGGCAGGGCAAAGGGCAGGCACACACGGCCCCUUUAAGCUGGCCUAAUAAGACGUACCACGGUUAGCCAGCAAGAAAAUUUUCUGAGCCUUGAGGAAGCGAAGAUUAGAGUUGAAACUAAGCUUGGGCAUAGAGAGUAUGAUUAGAGUGUUUCUUAGACAAUUAAUUUCAAUUCUUGGAAGGGUGCUAAAUCAGCACCUUUGCAGAUGUAGGAGCAUGCAGUUGCAGUACUUGUUUAAGUGUUCAAGUUAAGUUAUUGACCUUAGCUCGAGGUCACAUUCUUUGAGUUUUGAACUGGUUGUUGUAUCUUGUUUCAUAUUUUGUAUCAGUUUCUACACAAUUACAGUAUAAUAAUAAAUCAAGUGGUUUUUCUGGCUAG